ACACCCGCGCGCGCUCCACUCCCCCCGCGUGCUCCCUGAAAGUGCAUGCGCGUCGUGUAGAAACGGCGCGCACCUCUCCGGGUCCGAUCGCGCGCACACACACAUACACACGCAUGCUUUUCAUCGUACCAACGACGACAACGACGGUGGUGGUGAUGAUGACGCCACGCCCACACGCCAACGACAGCCGGGCUGCAUUCGGCAGCAUGUUCCUCACCGCAAGGUCUCCAAGUUUCUGAGGCAGUGGCGGCAGCGGCGGCGGCGGCAUGUCAGUGUGGAAUACGCGCAGCCAGAAUCAGUGACUGGAUGUGUUACAAUAAAGAGAAGAGAAGAGAAGCACUGAGAGGAUGAGGUCUGCUCUACUGCACGGUGGGACUGGGCUCGAGCCGGAGGGGCUUUUGGAGAGAUGUGGAGGUGAGGAGGCAGCGAGGCACGAGCCACACGAGUCCAGGCUGCCUCAACCCAACCUGGGGAGAGUGCAGGAGGCAUGGCUGGAGAAGGACCAAGCUCAGGAUUGAGCUCCUCUGCCAUGCGCUGUGCUGCACAGAGCUCUGGGCUUCUCCUCUCCUCUUCACUCCGUUUUUCCAGUUUCUAAUGGUUUAAAUGAGGCGUGAAAUAUUCCUGAUUUGCUAAUAGGUGGACUGUGAUUAAUUAUUUAUCAUCUGCUCUUUGCUUUUUGAUUGCUCAAUAUCGUCGUCUGAGACACAAGCACAGCGCAAACCAAUGAAAUAUACCAGACCUCCUUCUCCGGCACAGCGGACUGGAUUGCAUUUUCGUUUUCGUAAUCGCUUUGGUGCAAAAUAAAAUCAGUUUUUUGGAUUUUGUCUGCAAAGCCUGCCAGAUACCGAGGCAUCUCAGAGGGCUGGGCAUGUUUGCUCGGGCUGAUGGGCGAGCUCUAGCCGGACGCCGUGCGAUGUUGAGAUCCAGAAACUAGCAGGCUGUCACUGUAGACUCUGUGGGGAGCAGGUCGGGUCACCCCAACUGGGACGGACGCUCUGCUUCCCUGGAUCUGCCUCAGAGCUUUAGAGAUGUGAGGACUAGCAGUGAUGGACGUCCCAAAGGAGGAGAGUGUCUGAAGAGACUCUUUGAAGCCUCACAGGGCUGUCACUGUGCAGAUUCCCUUUUCUCGCCCUGAGCUCCACAGCCUUGCUCACAGACAGACAGACAGACAGACACAGAGACAGACAGAAGAAGCUAAGAGGAGGCCUGCGAGCCUGAAGCCUCCUCUUUCUUGGGUAAGCCUGUAGAUCAAGUUGCACUGUGACACAUCUGAUGAGCACGCUCGUGCUCGCCGAAAGAGCUUUGCCACAGUGAGGCAGAGAAGCAUGGAAACCCCGCCCACUGCUCCUCCCCAGACAUUCCGCCAAUCCAGCUUUCUUAGCCGCCGUCUGAAAAGCUCAAUUAAGCGAGCGAAGAGCCAGCCUAAACUUGAUCGCACCGGAAGCUUUCGCCACAUGAUUCUCCCACGAUUCCGCAGUGCUGACCAGGAGAGAACGCGCCUGAUGCAGAGCUUUAAGGAGUCUCACUCCCAUGAGUCUUUGCUGUCCCCGAGCAGCGCGGCCGAGGCGCUGGACCUCACACUGGACGAGGAUGCCAUCAUCAAACCCGUCCACUCCAGCAUCCUCGGCCAGGAGUACUGCUUUGAGGUAACAACGGCCUCGGGCACAAAGUGCUUUGCCUGCCGUUCGGCUGCUGAGAGGGACAAGUGGAUAGAGAACCUGCAACGAGCUGUUAAACCUAACAAGGAUAACAGUCGACGUGUGGACAAUGUUCUUAAGUUGUGGAUCAUCGAGGCGCGGGACCUUCCCCCUAAAAAGCGAUACUACUGCGAGCUGUGUCUGGAUGACAUGCUGUACGCGCGCACCACCAGCAAGCCACGCACCGACACCGUGUUCUGGGGCGAGCACUUUGAGUUCAACAACCUCCCCGCCAUCCGCAGCCUGCGUCUGCACCUCUACAAGGAGACGGACAAGAAGAGACGCAAGGAGAAGAGCACCUACCUGGGCUUGGUCAGCAUUCCCAUCUCGAGCAUCACUGGCCGGCAGUUUGUGGAGCAGUGGUACCCAGUUAUUCAGCCCAGCGUUCUUGCCAAGGGUGGAGGUGUGGGCAGCGGCAAGGUCAUUAAUGCUUCGCUGCGGCUCAAAUCGCGCUACCAGACCAUGAGCAUCCUGCCCAUGGAGCUGUACAAGGAGUUUGCGGAGUACGUGACGAAUAAUUACCGCACUUUGUGUGCCGUGCUGGAGCCGCUGCUGAGUGUCAAGAGCAAAGAGGAAGUAGCCUGUGCCCUGGUACACAUCCUGCAGAGUACCGGCAAGGCUAAGGAUUUUCUGUCAGACAUGGCGCUGAGCGAGGUAGAUCGCUUUAUAGACCGAGAGCAUAUGAUCUUCAGGGAGAAUACACUGGCCACCAAAGCCAUAGAGGAGUACCUCAAACUUGUUGGACACCGUUACCUUAAAGACACUAUUGGUGAGUUCAUUCGUGCACUGUACGAGUCGGAGGAGAACUGCGAGGUGGACCCCAUGCGCACUCCACCCUCCAUGCUUCCUGACCAUCAGGCAAACCUACGCAUGUGCUGCGAACUUGCACUCUGCAAGAUCAUCAACUCCCAUUGUGUAUUUCCACGUGAGCUGAAAGAGGUGUUUGCUUCAUGGCGCGUGCGUUGCGCCGAACGAGGUCGUGAGGAUAUUGCGGACCGGCUCAUCAGUUCCUCAUUGUUCCUGCGCUUCCUGUGCCCUGCCAUCAUGUCUCCAUCGCUGUUUAACCUGACGCAGGAGUACCCAUCCGAGCGCACUUCCCGCACCCUCACGCUCAUCGCCAAGGUGGUGCAGAGCCUGGCCAGCUUCUCCAAGUUUAGCGGUAAGGAGGAACAUAUGACGUUUAUGAACGAGUUUCUGGAGAUGGAGUGGGGCUCCAUGCAGCAGUUCCUCUACGAGAUCAGUAAUGUGGAGUGUGGCAGUAACGCCCCGGCGUUCGAAGGUUACAUCGACCUGGGCCGUGAGCUGUCCAUCCUGCACAGUCUGCUCUGGGAGGUCAUGGCUCAGCUGAGCAAGGAUGCGAUUUUAAAGCUGGGGCCUUUGCCGCGAUUGCUGAAUGACAUCAGUGUGGCCCUGCGGAACCCCCAGCUGCACCGCCAGGCCAGCCACCAACCGCCCGAACGACAACUCACCCGCCCACCCUUCAGUCGCCCAUCCACCAAUGACUUCCAGAGUCUGAUGAUGAGGGAGCUGAACAGUUCUAUAGAUAUCUCCCGCUUGCCGUCUCCCACGGCUGGUCUCACCGGGAGCGGAGCUCUCUCCCACCCAGGCAUGGCUGCUUUUGAAAGAGAUCACCGUGGCAACAAAGAUGUCUUCUAUGUAACACGUCCUCCGCUAGCCCGCUCAAGCCCAGCGUACUGCACCAGCAGUUCUGACAUCACAGAGCCGGACCCAAAGGUGCUGAGUGUGAAUAAGAGUGUAUCCAUGAUGGACCUGCAAGACUCUCGUAUCAACAGCAUUUCUAACCUGCACUCAGUCAACGACAUGCUCAACUCCUCACAGGGCUCCAUCGCAGGCUUGGGCAGUUUCGGCCCAAUGGGGGGAGCCCCUCUGCGGGUCGGCGGGCGUGUCUCGGCCGGCUCUGGCGGGUCCAGCAUGUCGGGCGGCCUGCGGCUGAGUCACCCAAGUGGCUUGGCCACAGACUCGCUCUCCCAGCAGCAGCAAGCGGCUGCCGCGGCCAUGCAUGUACCGCUCUCCUUCCAGAACCCUCUGUUCCACCUGGCCUCAGAUGGACCGCAGUACCACACUCCACCCCAUGCACCGCAUGCCCCACCACCUCUGCUGCUGGCCCCGGAGCCCGAAAAUGGCCACGUGGGCUUUGGUAUGCCAGCCUUUGGCCAUGGCGGCUUCUCCCGCAGCGAGGACCUGUCGGCCCUGCGCUCACAGAACAGCCUGGUGCAGCCCAGCAUCGUCCACUCGCACAGCUACAGCGACGACUUCACCCGCCACAACCAGGCUGAUUACGCACGCAGACAGCUCUCGCUGCAGGUGCAGGAGAACCUUCAGCAGCAGGUGUUGAUGGGAAUGGCCCCCCAGACUGCUACAGGCACUGGCACACCAGCUUCAGUCGCCACACCCCCCACCACCAUCCACCCUGUCCGUCAGGCCUCUAUGGCCCCGCCCGCUCCGCAGCGUGUGAAGCCUCAGCCCUCCCAUCAGCUGUCAGUCAGCUCAGCUGCUAACUCCACCCCUCCCAAGGCCCGCCCCCAGAGCGGAAACCUCCUUCAGUCACCUGAGUCGAGUUUCGGGGCGAGGCCGUUGCCGCGGCAACAGUUGUCCGUCAAGGACAGCCCUGCGCCCGGCCUCCCGCAUCAGUCCAGCACAGCUAGUGAUAGCCAGCCACAGGGGGGCGCUACUGAGAACGCAGAGAAUACGCCGAGUGAGACGCCUGCUAAAUCCGCUGCACAAACCAACCAACAGCACCUACUGAAACCAACUAACAAACAGGGCUCUAAGUCUCCGUCCACACUGAACCCGCCAACCCCUGCGUCUGAGCGGACAGUGGCCUGGGUAUCCAACAUGCCCCACCUAUCUGCAGACAUCGAGAGUCUGCGUGUGGACAGAGAGGACCUGAAACUGAAGGAGCACUCUAAAAGCAUGGAUGAGUCUCGGCUGGACCGGGUGCGGGAGUAUGAGGAGGAGAUCCACUCUCUGAAGGAACGCCUGAUGAUGUCCCACCGUAAGCUAGAAGAGUACGAGCGGCGGCUGCACUCGCAGGAACAGCAGACCAACAAGAUCCUGCUGCAGUACCAGAGCCGGCUGGACGACAGUGAAAGGAGGCUGCGACAGCAGCAGAUGGAGAAGGACACACAGAUCAAAGACAUCAUCAGCAGGCUGAUGGCGGUGGAGGAUGAGUUGAGAGGGAGUGGUAUUCCCGACCUCAAAUCCCGAAUAUUUACAGGAGAGGAUGAUCCAUAUUCUUCUAUGGGUUCGAUCGAUCCAUCCUUGGUUGCAAGAGAGGGGGUUUUGGCGCUAAACCCCGCCCCGUCUCUCUCCUCUCUGGGUCCAUCCAGUUCCCCAUGGAAUGGAGCACUGCCACCCCUGCCCCCUUUCCCCCCACUACCCCCGCUGCCCCCCCGGCUCCACAUCAGCCAGAACGGCGACCUCCGCUCCACCGCUGGCAUUCCCAACAUAGCCAUCCCACCAACAGAGGGGCCGGCCGCAGGCUGGGGUGCAGAGGGAGGGAGGGGUGUCUAGUCAUGUGACUUUAUUGACAUUACUGUCAACAUAAACACGCUUUAUUUAUAACAUGGAUAUAACUGAUCCACGCAUCUCAGCAUACUGUCACCAUUGUAAGAAAACCUUCCCCAAAAUCCUAACAUUAGAAGAAGGGGAAAAAUCUUAACUUUACAUCUGUUUAUAAAAAAUCCUGAUUGUUUGCUUUUCAAGAUUUCGGUCUGUCCAUUUAUAAUGAAAUAAUGAGGUAUUCUUGUAAAAGUGGCAAUAUGUUUUAUGGCUUACCUACAGGCUCAGCCUAACAGCCAUGUGUCUGUUUCCUCCUUUAUCUGUUCAGUUAAGAAAUAGUUCAGACAAAAUUCCUAAUAUACCUAACACUAAGUGGAAGCUAGCAAGUCCAGGAAAGCUAGCACUUCAGCAACUGUAGCUGAACUUGACUUUAAAGGAGCUUUCCCAAGAAGGAUAGCCAACAGAGCACACUUGUAGACAAAAGGCUGUUUUAGAAAUGUUGAGGCUCAUAACUUUUUAAAUGUCUUGAUGUUUUACUGUGCAUUUAAGUUUUCGCUCCACUGGUCCAGUAAUGACCAGAUAUUUGAACGGUUAGUCCCCUGGCACUAAAGCUCCUAAGCUGGAGAAAAAUGACUUGAUUUUUGUUAUACAAGGUGAAGCACAUGCCAGAAGAGACUUUGGGAUGUUGUAAGGGGUUCCAGAAACACAUUUUUCAUUACAACUGAAUGAACUGUAAAGUUAACUUCUCCAUCCCUGGCUAUUAACUGGAUGUUCUCACUGGUUCUAGAGAGGUUUUAUUGCAUUUUCAAGAGAGCUAUGUUAUCGGUUUUAUUUAUCGAGUGUUUUCUGUGUGUGUCUGCUCAUUACACUCUCAUGCCAUUUGCUAUCAUGAAGUCUAGCUGAUCACCAUGAGCGCUUUUCCACUGCACGUUCAAAAACAAGAACUGAAUGAAAUAGGAACCAACAAAACUUAUGGUUUUAAGUCUAGUUCGUUUUCCACCUACCUUAGAGACUGGCAAGUGGGAUGUGUUGUUAUAAUAGUGAUUAGCGCUGUAAUUGUCUGUUUGGUCAUUUUAGUCAUACAAAUUUAAAGUGUUUAAUAUGGCUAAUUGUCUAUCUUGCUCACUAGUAAUCUUAGCUGAACACUCGCAGAGAUGACUGCAAUUAGACAGCAUCGUGUGUAGAAUAAGAGAUUGCUUACAUUUCUUUAUUGAGUGUGAAAAUAAGAGCAAAAACACUUGUUCUCUUGAGGCUAGCAUAAAUGCUAUUUGUGUUAGCAUUACACUUGCAUCUCCUUAGUGAACUCUUUACAAAGUAAUAAUUCUAAAACUAGAAUAGCGCAAUAGUGAUUGCACAGUUUCUAAGGUGUUAUGGUAUUUUAUAUUGUUGCUAGGGUGUUGCUAGGUAGUUGCUGUGGAAUUCCAGGUGUUGCUAGGUGGCUGCUGUAGUAUUCCAGGUGGUGGCCAGAGUGUUACUAGGUGGUUGCAAUGGUAUCCCAGGUGGUUGAUAUGGUGUUGCUAAGAAUUUGGUAUGGUAUCCUGAGGUUGCUUGCUAGCCGGUUGCCAUGGUAUCCCAGGUGGUAGCUUAGGGGUUGCUAGGUGGCUACUGUAGUAUCCCAGGCAAUUCCUAAGGUUUUCCAUGCAUUUGCUAAAUUGUUACUAAGCAGUUGCACUGGUGUUUGAGGCAUUCAUUAAGUCAUUCAUAGGGAGUUGCCACGUGGUAGAUACAUGUUGUUGAAAAUGAAUGGGAGUCUAAGAGAGGAAUAAGGGAUGAAAAAGUGAUACAUAGAAGAGUGCAGGUCAGUAUGGCUGUGGUUUAGAGCUUGAGGAACCUGUCCGGAGUGAGUACAUGCAGUUUGUUGCUCAGGUACCUGAGAUAUUACAUGCGAAACUGAGUAUUUCGGUCAGGAGAUGGACAUACAAUUUUUACCCAAUUCAUAGCUGAGGGGAAAAAAUUGGAAUUUAACAAAGAUUUAUGAAAAUUGUAAAUUGGAUCAAAAAGCUGUGUACAAGCACAGAACUCCCGAUCAGACCGAACAUUUAGAAGUUAGAACGGUGUUGAAAACUGUAGGAUGAGUUGACGGCCUAGUUGGUGAGGUAACAGUGUCUAGUGACUUUAUCUUCACCUGGAACAGUAAAGAAUUUGAUAAAUAGUUGUUGUUUUCAGCAGCGUUUCCAAAGACAAAGGAGAAUCAUAAGCUUGUGUUGGUAACAGUCCUGAACAGGAACUAAACAGUAGUUCCAGCUUUCUGAUGCCAAAGGUUCCAUAAUGUUAUGCAGUGGAAAAACAGCCAAGUUAAUUGCUAAUUAAGACAUUUUGUCUGACUGUCAAUCAAUGGCUUUUAGUGGAUUGUGAUUGGACACCAAGUCACCUGCUGCCUCCUGCACUCUCUCUCUUUCUCUGUCUCUCUCUGUCUAUCUCUC